AUGAACACAUGCGAGUGGGCAAGCACAUGCAGCAGACGCAAGCAGUUGACGUGGCCCAGGCAGAUAGUGUCGUCUGUCGGCCUGUGUCGCUACGGCGGGAGGAUUGACUGCUGCUGGGGCUGGGCCCGCCAGUCCUGGGGACAGUGUCAGCCUGUGUGCCAGCCGCAGUGCAAACACGGCGAAUGCGUCGGGCCCAACAAGUGCAAGUGUCACGCCGGAUACGCCGGGAAGACCUGCAGCCAAGAUGAACGCUUCCACCCUCCUCCGCCGCCUUUUGGCCCAGGCAGUGAGCAGCCUCUUGUCCAACCCCCGGAUCUUCAAGCCACGAGUUUGCCUGCGAGGGAUCUCAACGAGUGUGGCCUGAAGCCGCGGCCCUGCAAGCACCGGUGCAUGAACACCCACGGCAGCUACAAGUGCUACUGUCUCAGCGGCCACAUGCUCAUGCCUGACGGCUCCUGCUCAAGCGCGCUGACCUGCUCCACGGCCAACUGCCAGUACGGCUGCGAGGUCACCAAGGGCCAGGUGCGCUGCCAGUGCCCCUCCCCUGGACUGCAGCUGGCCCCUGAUGGGAGGACCUGCCUGGAUGUGGACGAGUGUGCCAGUGGAAGGGCGUCCUGCCCCGGGCACAGGCAGUGCCUCAACACCUUCGGGAGCUACAUUUGCAAGUGCCACGAAGGUUUCGACCUCAUGUACAUUGGCGGCAGAUACCAGUGUCAUGAUGUCGACGAGUGUGCCCUGGGCCAGCACCGCUGCAGCAGCUUCGCCAGCUGCCACAACGCGCUCGGCUCCUACCGGUGCCAGUGCCAGGAGGGCUACGAGGGCGACGGCUGGAGCUGUGCGCCUAUCCCGAAAGUCAUGGUCGAGCCCUCAGGCCCAGUGCCACAGGGAAAUGGCACCCCUACAAAGGGGGGUGGGGGCCACAGUAAUUCCAUCCCUGAUGCUGGAAGUACCCAGUGGCCUCUGAGGACACCCUACAUCCCUCCUGCCACCACCAACACCCCCACGACUCAGCCGACGAGGCGACCGACGCCACGGCCGACCCCACGGUGGACUCCACCGCCGCCCCCGCCCCCGCCCACGGAGCCCAGGGCUCCCCCACCAACAACCCCGGAAAGACCAACCACCAGGCUGACAACCGCUGCACCGGCCACCUCCACGCCCCCCAGAGUGGUGACGGUGGACAACAGGAUACAGACCGACCCUCAGAAGCCCAGAGGCGACGUGUUCAUCCCGCGGCAGCCUUCCAACGACCUGUUCGAGACGUUUGAGAUCGAGCGGGGCAUCAGCGCAGACGAGGAGGCGGCCCGGGACGACCCGGGUGGCCAGUACCUGACAGUGACCAUGGGCAAAGGCUCAGGGGCCAGGGCGGCCCGCCUGGUGCUCCCCCUCGGCCACCUCCGGCACGCGGGGCAGCUAUGCCUCUCCUUCCGGCACAAGGUUUCGGGGCGUCACCCCGGCGCGCUGCAGGUGUUUGUGCGGAAACCCGGGGCCCCGGCGGCGGCGCUGUGGGGCAGGAGCGGCGGUGGCGGCUGGCGGCGUACGCGGAUGAGCCUGCCCGUGGCGGACGUCAAGAGCGUCAUCUUCAGAGGUGAAAAGAGGCGCGGGCACCCCGGGGAGAUCGGCCUGGAUGACGUGAGCCUGAAGAGAGGCCCCUGCCCCGGAGACCGCGGGCAGCUCCCCCAAGAAGAGCCCUGAGCGCCGCCCGCUCCGGCCGCGCCUCGUCGGGCCCGCGGUGCUGCGGCCGGUGUGCGACCCCGGCGAGACCCCAGCAACGGGGCCCUCAGACCGGACUCGGAGGCCGAGGACGUGGCGCAGCCCCUCUACCGGCCACCCGCCCGCUCACCAAGGGGCCUUCGCGAAGGCCCCGGGCUCCCGGCCCCGCCUCGUGGGCCGCUGGGGCGUCUGGUGCCCCCACGCGGGACUGACCGCCGUUCCCUUCCGGGGGGGGUGGCACUAGCCUCUCCUGCAGUCGCCCGUGACCCCGGGGCGCGGCCGGUGCGGGUGCUGCACCGCCCGGCCUCGUGCCACUCAUGACCGCGCUGGGCAGCGGAGUGACCCGGACAGGGUGGGGCGGCCGGGAGCCGGCGGGGCUGCAAGUCCGCGCUGAAUGCGAGGCCCCCGCGUCGCUCCCACUUUCAGAGUAGCGCCCGGUGCUCCUGCGCCAGUGUGGACGCGAGUGGCGACCGGGGACGGCCCGCGGGGAUGUACACAGUCGCUUCCCCGUGGCCACUGGACAGGAGGCGCUGCCCAGUCACGCGCCCCGCGGGCGGGGCAGGGGUGCUGCGGUGCGGAGCCGGGCCCGCUGCUCGGGCGGCCCCUGGGCUGGACGUCCGCGCGCCGCCCCUUACCCUUCCUGCAUAUUAAAACACGCUCGACCGUCAAAGGCAGCUUGCCCGAGACUGACUUCAUCGCUGACCCAGUGACCGCACUGCUUGCCGCCAGGGGUCGAGCGGGGUCGAAGGGUUGGUUGGCCAUGGAGGGCCGCAUGUGAGGGGGCUGCAGGGCGCGCCGGCGCUGCCCCCCCGCACUGACCCGGAGCCGGCCCGACGCGCUCCCUGGCCGUGGUCAGACGCGGGCCCUCUGCACGGCGGUGCCCCUAGCCCGUCCCUGCUUCUCCUGCCCCUCGCUCCGCUUCUCAGCGAUCAGGGAGGAAUCUGGACUGAAGGUGGUGGACACCUUCCGGGCUCCUCCCUCCUCCUCGAGGCCACGGGCCCUGGGAGGCGCCUGUUUAGGACUCGGCCCACACGGGAAGCUCCCUCGACCGUCUAGGUCUGGGCCAAGCCCAGCAGGCCCGGAAAGCAAAGGCCGGUGUGGUUUGGGCAGCGGGUGGCAGCCCCCGCCCGGUCCCACCCUGCAGGUGCUCUCACUCCCUGCCAAGCGGCCCACGAGCUGGGGGAGGGCACUUCAGGGCUGUGCAAAAAGCCCAGUGCAGAGCUCCCCCCCAGGCCUCCUCUGGAGGACGGCAACACCCAACUGGCCAGGGAGAGGACCCACCUCACCCCCGGCAGCCCCGGUGCUCCCCUCGCACACUCUCGCAGGUUCGGCACGGCCCAGCUGCGGGGGGGCUGCCGGACAGUGUCGGCCAGCUGGAGUGGGACCCAAAGGGCCGCAGGCCAUAGCCCCUUCUGGCCCCGCAGCUGCUCCGCCAAGGCCGCAGGCACCGUCACUUGCGGCACCGUCACUCGCAUGGCCCUUCCCGGUGCCGACGCCCCUCCGUGCCGCGCCCGGGUCAGUUAUCCAGUUAUCCAAGUACUGUAUGCCAUCGUGCGUCAUCACUGUGUCCUACAGCGAACGGUGCUGUGGUCUUCAGAGCAGCCAAAUAACAGUAAUUCCUUGUAAAUAA